AUGUGCUCUCCAAAGACUCUCAGUGCUGGCUUGAGUUCCAACCAAGGUAGCUCGCUGUUUACAGCUGGGAAUUUGAGCAACAAAUCUAUUUUGGCUGGUGCUUGUGCGAAACGGUCCUUCACUGGUGCGCGUCCCCUCAAGGGGAUUGCAGGGAGUGUUCCGGAGUUUACCACUACUAGUGGAGAUGGUGCACGGAAGACCGCUAACAGCGUUGCCUACUGGCUGAUCGGUACUUCUGGUCUGGUGUUUGGUAUUGUGGUCCUUGGUGGGCUGACUAGACUGACUGAGUCUGGUCUGAGUAUUACUGAAUGGAAGCCUGUCACAGGUUCUCUGCCACCUAUGAACCAGCAAGAAUGGGAGGAAGAGUUCACAAAGUACAAGGACUCCCCUGAAUUCAAACAACUGAACAGUCAUAUCGACAUGGACGAAUUCAAGUUUAUCUUCUUCAUGGAGUGGAUUCACAGAUUAUGGGGCCGUGCUAUCGGUGUUGUAUUUAUUGCACCUGCUGUAUAUUUUGCCAUGAGGAAACGUACAUCUCCGCAGGUGAACAAGAGAAUCUUUGGACUGUGUGCUCUGCUAGGUUUGCAAGGGUUCUUAGGUUGGUGGAUGGUUAAAUCCGGUUUGGACCAAGAACAACUGGAAGCGAGAAAGUCGAAGCCGACAGUGUCCCAGUACAGAUUAACCACACAUCUGGGUGCUGCGUUUUUGUUGUACUUGGGUAUGCUUUGGACUGGGUUCGAUAUCUUGAAGGAGAACAAGUGGAUGAAAAAACCAAUAGAUGCCUCCGCCUUGUUUAAGAAAUUGGAUAGUCCGAUGCUACGCCCAUUAAGGAAACUCUCGACCGCAUUAUUGGUGAUAUCCUUCGUCACCGCGAUGAGUGGUGGUAUGGUCGCUGGAUUGGAUGCUGGAUGGAUCUACAACACCUGGCCCAAAAUGGGGGAGACUUGGUUCCCUCCAAAGCGUGAGCUGAUGGAUUCGAAUUUUGCUCGUAGAGAGGACCAGAAAGAUUUGUGGUGGAGAAACCUGUUGGAGAACCCAACUACGGUACAAUUGGUCCAUAGAACAUUCGCCACUGUUGCAUUCUUUGCUGUGUUUGGUGUCCACAUGUACGCCGUGAAGAAAAAGCCAUUCAUCCCCAAAAAUGUGCAGAUGUCUAUUCAUACGCUCAUGGGUAUUGUCACGCUGCAAGUCGGUCUGGGUAUUUUCACCCUGUUAUGGUUAGUUCCGGUCCACUUGGCAUCGACACAUCAAGCCGGUGCACUGGCCCUGGUCACGUCCUCGUUGAUCCUAAUGAAUCAACUAAGAAGACCAAGAGCCGGGAUUAGAAACGUAAUCAACAGUACGCUGGCGAAGGAACUGAAGAGGUCGACACAACAAGCGGGUACCAAGAUUAUGUCAGAGACAGCCAAACUUGCAAAGUGA